AUGUCAAGAAUCAUUGUUGGCUUGAUACGAAUAGCCUGCCUAGGUGCAUUUCUAUUUACAGCAGUUUAUGAAGCUGGAUAUUCUGUUACGCUCAACGAAAGACGAAUCAAGAUUGACUCGUUUGAUGGCUCCAUUACAACUGUACAAGGUAUCCUUGUUGGUCACAGUUCGAAAUUAGAACGUCCUACCGGAUGCACCGUCAUUUUGUGCAACACGACAUGUGUUGGUGGCGUUGACGUUCGAGGAUCGGCUCCAGGCACACGUGAGACUGAUCUUCUCGAUCCGAUAAAUUUGGUUGAUACUGUUAAUGCUAUUGUUUUAUCUGGUGGUAGCGCAUUUGGACUCGAUACAGCAUCCGGCGUUGUUCGAUGUCUUGCUGAAAAAAACAUGGGUUUCUCAACCCGUAGUCGUCCAGUUCCAAUCGUACCAGCCGCUGUAUUGUAUGACUUGAGCGUUGGCAAUGAUCCAUUCAUAGUACCUGAUGCGAACUUGGGCUACUCAGCUUGUAUGGCAGCUAAUAAUUCACGCGUCGUCGAGGGUAAUGUUGGGGCUGGCACUGGAGCUACUAUAGGAAAGUUAUUUGGUAUGGAGCAUGCCAUGAAAACAGGACUCGGUAGUUCUUCGCUAACUGUUCGAGAUUUGACCACAAAUGCGACAGUCACAGUUGGUGCACUCGUCGCCCUUAAUGCAGUUGGAGAUGUGUAUAAAAACGGAGCAUUAAUAGCAGGCGCAAGGACCUCGGAUAGUAAACGUUUGCUAAACACACUAAAUACCGUACUUGGCAUCAAUCCGACUCUUGCUAGCACGUUUCCGGUUGGAACUGCAACAACACUUGCUUGUGUGACAACUGAUGCUAAGCUUACUAAAGCUCAAGCUAAAAAAGUGUCACAGAUGGCUCACGAUGGAUUUGCUCGAGCAAUCAAUCCUAUUCAUACAAUGUUUGAUGGAGAUAUCGUUUUUACGGUGGCCACUGGAGUAUCUCCUAUCUCGGAUAUUAAUCUCAUCGGUAUGAUGGCAGCUGAAACUGUUGAACGUGCGAUCAUUCGAGCCGUUGAGCAAGCGACUGGUCUCCCGGGCCUCCCUAGUAUACACGAAUUGGGCUCAGCAGGUGAUAAACUUGUACUCAACAUUGCUAUAUUAGCGUUCCCAUUGUUCUCAAAAUUCGUUUAG